AUGGGGUUGCGAGGUCGCGCCCUUCGUUGGACAAUCACUGCCUGCGCUACUACCGCCUUUUCAUUAUUCGGCUAUGACCAAGGUUUAAUGUCGGGUAUUAUCACUGCUCCUCAAUUCGCGAGAGAUUUCCCGGGUGUCGUGGCUACUCGCAAGGAAGACGAAUACCACGCUACAAUCGUGCAGGGUGCCACCACUGCUUGUUACGAAAUCGGGUGUCUUGUUGGUGCUGUUUGGGUUUUGGCCUUCGGUGAACGCAUUGGACGGAGACCUAUUGUGUUGAUUGGUUGUUUCAUCAUUGUUAUCGGGACUGUUAUUACUAUCACGCCUAUUCCCCACAAGUGGCCUCUUGGGCACUUCAUUGUGGGUCGAUCAAUCACCGGUAUAGGUAACGGUAUGAAUACCGCUACUGUUCCUGUGUGGCAAUCGGAAAUGUCGAAGCCCAAACAUCGUGGGAAGUUGGUCAAUUUAGAAGGGUCUGUUGUUGCCUUCGGGACCAUGAUUGCCUACUGGAUUGAUUUUGGAUUGUCGUAUGCAAACUCCUCCGUCUCGUGGAGAUUGCCCAUUGCGUUGCAAAUUGUGUUUGCCGUUAUCGUUUUCAUUAUUAUUUUGGGGUUGCCUGAUUCACCCAAGUGGUUAAUUAAGAAAAACAGAAAUCAGGAAGCGAUUUACAUCAUGUCGUGCCUCUUUGAAGUCGAUCCGAAUGACCCCGAGCUUUUGGAAGAAGUUGACUACAUUGCGGAAACUGUCAAAUUGUCUGAGAAGAGUGGCAAUUCUUAUAGAGACUUAUUCACCGGUGGUAAGACGCAACAUUUUCAAAGAAUGUGCAUUGGUGCCUCCACUCAAUUUUUCCAGCAGUUUACUGGGUGCAAUGCCGCUAUUUACUACUCGACUGUAUUGUUUGAGACGACUAUCUUCCCUAACAAGGAAAACAAGAGAAGAUUGUCGCUCAUUUUGGGGGGUGUUUUCUCAAUUGUUUAUGCUGUAUUCACGCUUCCAUCUUUCUUCCUCGUUGAUACAUUUGGCAGAAGAAACUUAUUCUUAAUGGGUGCAAUUGGUCAGGGUGUUUCUUUCAUUAUCACGAUGGCUUGCUUAAUUCACCCUACCACAAACAACUCCAAGGGUGCAGCUGUUGGUUUGUACCUCUACAUUGUCUUCUUUGCAAUGUCGAUCUUGCCAUUGCCUUGGAUCUAUCCCCCUGAAAUUAACCCCUUGAAGACUAGAACUCGCGCCUCUGCCGUUUCGACGUGUACUAAUUGGUUGUGUAAUGCCGCUGUCGUGUUGUUCACCCCUAUUUUCAUUAAUGAAUCCGAUUGGGGUUGCUACUUAUUCUUUGCGUGCAUGAACUUUUUGUUCGUGCCAGUUAUCUUUUUCUUCUAUCCCGAGACCGCUGGCAGAUCUUUGGAAGAAAUCGAUGUCAUUUUCGCAAAGGCAUACGAAGAGAAGCGUCAACCUUGGAGAGUUGCUGCUACUAUGCCGAAAUUGUCCAUGCACGAAGUCGAACAAGAAGCUCAACGCUUGGGUAUUUACGGAGACGACCAAAUGUCCAUCAUUAAGCGCACUGUGCUGCACGUUUCUCGUGUUUCAUCCACCAACGGCGAGUCUUCCCUGGCUGAAAAGGUUUGA